UUUGGAAAUGGCCCAGUGGUGUUUUGUGACGAGUUGAAAAUGGCGGCUUGAGGUUGACCACAUUAACUUCAAGCGAUAUUAGCUAACAUACUGACGCGAUUUAAACGCCCAAACUCUUGUCUGAAAGGAAAAGUUACUGUCGGACUACAUCACUACAAUCACGGAGAUACUCAGGGAAUCACUUGGUGAUUGUUGAGCUAUAAAUUAGUCCGCUUGAACGGGGUAAAGUUAUUUGGAAAUAAUUGCUAACUUAGCUAGCUAAUACUAGCAGGCGAAUUUUAAACUUGAAUGUUUAUUGCGUUGAAAGGAUAAUUGCUCUGCACUUUUAGUGUGUGGAGUUGUGGUAGGACUCUGCCGCAUCGCGUCUGUCAGGUGUAUACUUUGAAAAAUACAAGCUGAAAUUAAAUAGUACACAAGUCUAAGACGUCUGAAUUCUAAGUGGUAACGUUAACGUUACACAUGCUAGCUAGGUAGCUAGAUAAGUUAGCGUUAGCUAGAUUUUGCUAGCCCUGGGUACGGUUUUGCCUCGCUAACUACGUUAGCCUACUAGCGUAGAACUAAAUCUUUUCAUUACACUAUCAGUGUUUUGUUUUGUUAGCAAAAUGCUUCCUUUCAGUGGAGGAUAGCUACUAGCAUAGCUAGCGAAUUGUGCUAGCUAUGCAUGAAUUUUGUGUAGCAGCUAAGGAUAAUAAAUUCAAUAGGCACACUAUUUGGAAAGUAGAAUAGCUCCCAACAGUCUAGUGUUGGUUAAGAGAUUUCAAGGAUUAUGGUUAGCAGCUAGGUAGAUAAAUGGUAAGGCUGGCUCAUGCUAGCUGUAACGUUACUUAAGUUGACGUUAACUUCGCAGUGAGGAUAAAGUACAUAAGUCAUAACUAUAAGGAACGUUAACAGUUAAUGUCAGUCGAUGUAUAACUGAAUUUUCUCUCAGCCAUAGUUUUUAAUGUUUUAAGACCUAACGUCACGUUUGUAAAGAAGAUUCACCUGGUUGCCAUACUAACUCUGGUUAGCUAGUUAGGUUGCUAACAAUAAGCGGCUAGCUAGUAUGUCCAGCUAACGUUAAUGUUUGUGAAUUCUCCGUGAUUGAAAAGUGGCGGUCAAUAUAAUUUCUUAGCAACGUUAGUUCAUUGCUUAUCACACACACGUUUGCUGUGAGGAACUCAGGGGACAUUAACUGUAAUAAAGGUGCUGUUAUUAUCAAACAUGGACGAAUCUCGCCCACGAUACAGUAAACGACUGCAGUUUAGGGCUUUGCCUGGGUGCACUUACAUUGGGCAUCUGACUCUGUAGUGCUGCUAGAGACACGUAGGUUGAAAACUUCAAUACAGUUAACAGCAAUCAUGACCAAACAACGGUCAGGCACGAGGCGGCGCUACCACGAUGAUGGCAUCUCAGACGACGAGAUUGAGGGAAAGAGGACCUUUGACCUGGAGGAGAAGCUGCGGAGUGAUCGCUUUAGCUCUGACCGGGUCAAGCGGCUCGUCGGGAAAGAGUUCAACUUUGAAUACAUCCAGAGGGAGGGACUUCGCGACCCCAUCAUCUUUGAGAGGCCGGAUGGACUGGGCAUCAAGAUGCCAGACCCUGACUUCAGCGUCAAUGAUGUGAAAAGUUAUGUAGGCAGUCGGCGGGUGGUUGACGUGAUGGAUGUGACCACUCAGAAGAACAUCGAGAUGUCCAUGGCACACUGGAGGCGGUACUAUGAGACACCACCCGCCCAGAGAGAAAAGCUGUACAACGUCAUCAGUCUGGAGUUCAGCCACACUAAACUAGAGAACCUAGUGCAAAGGCCUGCAACGGUGGACAUCAUUGAUUGGGUGGACAACAUGUGGCCCCGGCACCUGAAGGAGCGACAAAGAGACUCCACCAAUGCCAUCAUAGACAUGCAGUACCCCAAAGUCCAGAAAUAUUGUUUGAUGAGUGUGCAGGGCUGCUACACAGACUUCCACAUUGACUUCGGGGGCACGUCUGUCUGGUACCACAUACUGCGAGGAGGAAAGGUGUUCUGGCUGAUCCCACCCACACCGCAGAACCUGGAGCUCUAUGAGAACUGGGUGCUGUCGGGCAAACAGGGGGACAUUUUCCUGGGGGACAAGGCCACCGACUGCCAGAGGAUAGAACUCAAGCAGGGAUACACAUUCAUCAUACCAUCAGGCUGGAUCCAUGCAGUCUACACGCCAGUGGACACGCUGGUCUUUGGUGGGAACUUCCUGCACAGUUUUAACAUCCCUAUGCAGCUCAACAUCUACGGCAUAGAGGAUCGCACACGGGUCCCUGCCAAGUUCCGCUACCCAUUCUACUAUGAAAUGUGUUGGUAUGUCCUGGAGAGGUACCUGUUCAGCCUGACCAACACUUCGCACCUGACUCCAGAGUUCCAGAAACACUCUCUGGGGAUUGGUCUAAAGCGAGAGGCCUCCAGUGAAGACAGUGAAAAUCUUAAUGGACACACCAAAGAGGAAGAUGAUGAGGAUGAUGAGAAGCCGCCCUCUCCCCUCAUCAAUCCUGGGGUCAAAGUUCACCUGACUGCGUUUGAGCUGGAGGGGCUGUGGAGCCUGCUGGGGAAGCUGGAGUCCCUGCCCUCCCAUAAGAAGUGUGUCCCUGCUGGCAUCCACAACGCACCCGCCCUGCUGCAUGACAUCAGGGCACUGCUAAAGGAACAUGCUAGUGACAUCCCCAAACUAUCCUACACUGGAAAACCCAUUGUGAAGUGGCCAAGGAGGCCCUCGUGGUAUCAGCCUCCUCCUCCCCCGGCCCCUGUGGGGCGCCCCCGCCUGUCCGGCACGGUGGUGACGCCACGGCCGGUGAAGCCACCCUCGUCCAUGUCGGUGCUGCGGCGGAGGCGCGUGCGCUGCAAGCGCUGUGAGGCCUGUCUGCGCACCGAGUGCGGCGAGUGCAACUUCUGCAGAGACAUGAAGAAGUUUGGCGGCCCCGGCAAGCUCAAGCAGACAUGUGUGCUUCGCCAGUGCCUGGCGCCUGGCCUGCCCCUGUCUGCAGCGUGUGAAGUGUGUGGGGAGGGGAACCCUGAGCCUGGCGAGUCCCAGACCUUCUCCCUCAUGCUCAUGGAGUGCUCCAACUGUGCACAGAUCGCUCACCCUGGGUGCCUUAAGGUGCCAGGAGACGGCGUGGUAAAUAAAGACCUGCCCAGCUGCUGGGAAUGCCCCAAGUGUGUCCUGGACCAGGGCAAUAACUCUGAGAUUAAGUUGGAGCGGAAGAAAAUCCACAUGAAACGGAAGUCUUCCUCACUGGAUGGUCGUCCCGCUAAGUUGUAUCGCCGGCGAGGCAACGAAGAUGAUGACGACUCGGGCAGUGACGACGACGAUGACGACGAGGGCUUGCGACCAAGCGGCAGAAAGAUGUCCAUUCAUGUCCGUGGUGGGACUUCGGCUGGUCGUCGUGGUUAUGGUGCUGGGAGGCGGGGCAUGUGGAGAGGCACCUCCCACCGUGGCAGGGGACGAGGCGGUGGAUUGGCUCCCAGCUCUGGGCUGAAAAUGAGGCGCGGCUUUGGGGUCCGAGGCGAGAGAGGCGGCCGGGUCAGACUCCGCGGUGGAGCAAGGAUGCAGCGGCGACGCUACGAAUCCGAUGAUGAUGAUGACGACGACGACGAUGAUGACGACGACGACGACGACGAUGAUGAUGACGACGAUGAUGACGAUGACGAAAGCGAUGAAGAGCACAUGGGCCACACAGAGAAAGGGCACCGGCGGCGGCGAAGGAGACGCAGAAGGAGAGGGGACGACGACGACGACGAUGAUGAUGAUGAUGACGACGAUGAAGACAGCGAGGACCGGGACCUGGACGGAGAGGAUGAGGAUAUGGAAGACUUGGAUGAAGAUGGUGAGGAGAAGGAUGACGAAGACGACGAUGAAGACGAUGACAACCAGACAGACUCGGAGCCCGAGCCGCCUGUGCUGCUUGUGUCGGACCUGAAUGACGAGCUGCUCAAUGGCUCGUACCUGACGGUAACCCUGCAGCGGCCCACCAAGGCCAAGCGCGACCCCGGCUCCAUCGUGCCCAAGUUGGAGGCCGCCAUGUCCCCGCGGGCGCCUGCCGGCAGCCAUCCCGGUGCAGGCUUCGUCCAGCGCAAGACCCUGCACAAGGCGCGCCACAAGAACAACGGCGGUGCCACGGGCAACGGCCUCACUCAGUCCAAGGGCGGAGCGUUGGCGGCGGCAGGCAGACACGCGCGCCACGGCAACCACCGGCACCACCACCACCAUCACGGUGAGAGGGACACAGCGUCACCGUCCAGCUCGGCGUCCUCCCGCUCCUCUGUGUCGCCCACACCGCCCCCGCCCUCCUCCUCUGCCUCUCCUCCCUCGCUCCUCUCCCAUCCCUCCUUCCGGGAGGUGGGGAACGAGCCAGGUGGCGAGAAGGAGGUGUGGGUGUCUGUGUUCCACUACCUGACGCUCACGGAGCUCAGCGUCUGCAUGACCGUCUGCAAGGCCUGGUACAAGUGGGGCUGUGAUAAGCGUCUUUGGACCCACAUAGACCUCAGCCGCUGCCGCUCUCUGACCUCUCAAGCCCUCUCUGGCAUCAUUAAGCGCCAGCCAGUGAUUCUUGACCUCUCCUGGACACCCAUUUCCAAAAAGCAGCUCUCCUGGCUCAUCCACCGAAUGCCAGGCCUGAAGGAUCUGCUGGUGGCCGGCUGCUCCUGGCUGUCCGUGUCGGCACUCAGCUCCUCCAGCUGCCCCUACCUGCGUACCCUGGAUCUGCGCUGGGCCGAGGGGGUCCGAGAUGGACAGAUCAAAGACCUGGUCACACCACAAGGCAACGAGUCACGCAGCCGACUGCGGGGCAUGCAGACCCUACGCCUGUCCGGUCUGGACAUCAGCGACUCGACACUGCGGCUGCUGCUCAGGCACAUGCCCCUGCUGCAGCGGCUGGACCUGGCCCACUGUCGGGCCAUCACUGACCAGUCCAUCAACCUGCUCACUGCCACAGGCUCCCCUACCCGCCACACCCUCACCGAGCUCAACCUGGCAGGUUGUCAUAAGCUGACCGACGCGUGUCUGCAGUUCCUGAAGCGUGCGUCUGCGCUGCAGCUGCUGGACCUGCGGGGCUGUAAGGGGGUGACGCGGCGCGCCUGCGAGAGCUUCAUCUCCGACCUCUCCUACUGCACCUACUUCUGCAUGACGGACAACAAGCUCAUCCAGAGGAUAUCCUAACAGUGUGUGCCCCACACACACACACACUAUCCACAUGCGCCCACACUCCCCCCCUCUUCAACACACACCUGACCGCAGCAGCCGUCACCGUAAAACACCCACAAAUCCUCCUCGAUGUCGAUGACACGAGUGAGUGAGAGAGGGAGGGAAGAAGCUGCAGCAGCAGCGGCUCCUCUUAACAGUGUCUGGGGCUGGAGGUCACGAGGAGUGGUGAAGUGAGUGACCAGUGGGACUUCCCUUGAGAUGGCGUCAUGGAUGGGAUGGCUGGCAGACAGCGAUGGCUCCUCAGAGAGAGAGGGAGAGAGAGGUACUCUAAUGUCUGAGCUGGGCUCAAGUUUUUUUAAGACUGAGCACUGGGCCUGUACGACGAGAGUCCUCACUGUGUGUGUGUGUGUGUGUGUGUGUGUGUGUGUCUGUCCGUAACCAGAGGAGAGCGAGCUGUGUUCAGUAGAUGAGAACAGCUGUUUGAUGAACAGCUGAAAGUCCAGCCAGUGGGAGCGGAGCGUCUCGUAGCAUUGCUAUGUAGGGGAUGAGGUUUGAGGCCAGCGGCAGUGAGCCUUGCAGUACGUACGCAAGGCAUCACAUUCUGAGGCGGUGGUGAGGACCUUUUCCUUAUGCCUCCACCAGUGCCUUCACCAGAACCUGAGGUAGCACAGGCCUGAUGGACCGCCAGUCAAAGUGUGUGUGUUGGCCUACCCUCUGUGGGGUGUCCGGUGGAAGGGCCCACACUCCAAGCCUGGUGCCAACUGAGAACUCUGCUUUCAGCCAAACUCGCUGUGUGGUUUUUACACAGCCUCCCUCAUCGUGUCUCCAUUCUCUCAACUCCUUUUCUGUGUUUUUGUCCUGGGGUGUCUGUUCUACAAUUCCUGUACAUCUUCAAAAACCUCUCCCCAAACUUCACUUUGGACAGCAUCUUAAUAGGUCUUCAUUCUGCAACACCAACACUGUUCUCAAUAUCUUUUGUUCUUUUUUGCAGCAUUUACAUUGAGUGGUACAUUGCUCUGUCUUUUACCCUGCUGUACCUGUAGUCUCAAUUAAGGGUUGUUCAUAUUUUCUGUGUAAAUUGUUUUGCCCUGUUAUUAAAAACCUGACUUUAUAGUAA